UCCACUUUCAAGGCCCCAAUUAGCUCUAAUGCUGCUCAAUUCUCUCCUACUCCGUCUCACGGCUACCAGCUGCCAUCUCCGCUAUCCUCAGUCCUUUCUCCCUCAGAAAGUUAUCACUCGCCUUCAGGCAUUGGCUUCAUUGGAAAACCGGCUCCACUACCGGUUUCGUCGAAUAUCCUCACCUCCAACAAAAGUUCCCGAGCCGCCGCCACCUUGCCGCUCCGGUCGUGUGAUCUGUCGAUGGGUGACCGACCAAAUAGGCCCAUUAGAAAUCACUGCACUCGUGACCAUAAUCACAGACGUGGCCGUCCUUCUUCCUCUAGUUCCCCUCUAGCAUUACCAUUACUUCCCUUCGACUCACCUUCCGCCUUCAGAGCCGCCUCAGCCUCCUUGCCCUGUCCCGUCCAUGUCCCCUGCCGGGCUAUGACGGCCGGCCUAGUUGGUGUGGACAGUCUGCUACCUGUCCUUCUUGCCACCACCAACACGGCCGAAGAGAACGCUGCAGAACUCGCCGAAGCCUCUGCUGAAACCGUACGUACCACUCGGACUGCGAGACUUUCUCAAGGAGGCGCCGUUUGGCCGUCUACUGCGAUUUCGACCCAUUCAGAAACCAUGGGAACUGGAUAUGUGGCUACGGGUGGUCAUGUGGGAGGAACAAGCAUCAAUCCAGUUCAUAACAGCCCUUUUCGGCUUUUUAUGAACAGUGCCUAUGCUGAGACUAACAAGCACAAUGUAACCGAAAAGUUUGCACAGGCAAGUGGGGCCGUUGCGGUUUUUUCCGAUUGCUUGAAUUUUCCCUCAAUGAUCUGA